UUGUAUAGGAAACGUGUUGACUGGGAAGUGCUACAGAUGUCUACUUUCAGUUUGUCUGCUAUAAAAGGGGACACCUUGCACACUGACAUCUGCUGUAGCCUGUUCAGCGUUCCAGAAUUUAAUUGAUUUAUGAUCAUACAUUUUGAUCCUGAUUCUAAGCUGUGAUUCUUUCAAACACUCAAGAUGCCGACUGGUGAUAGUGCUUUGACUAUCGCCAUCAAUGCUGGGAUGUCGGUUGUGGCGUUUUACGUUUGCGUUCGAGUCAUUCCUCAGUUCAAAGAGAUGUUCAUCAAAGCAAAUUUAUUUGGCAUUGACUUGAACAAGCCAGGGAGCAAGGAGAAAGUUCCCGAGGCGCUUGGAGUAGUGUGUGGAGCAGUUUUUCUCUGCACUAUGUUCCUGUUCAUGCCUGUUCCUUUUUAUAAACAACUUGCUGAAAACACACCCGGUAAAUUCCCACACCAUGAGUACAUCCACUACCUGGCGGCCCUUCUCUCCAUCUGCUGCAUGAUAUUCCUGGGAUUUGCUGACGACGUUCUCGACCUGAAAUGGCGUGACAAACUGUUCCUGCCCACCUUUGCUUCGCUGCCGCUGCUUACGGUGUAUUUUGUCAACAUCAACGCCACCAACGUCGUCAUGCCGGUCCAACUACGCUGGCUGCUCGGAUGGAGUAUCACGCUUGGGCCUCUGUACUACCUGUACAUGGGUAUGCUGGCUGUGUUCUGCACCAACGCCAUCAACAUCCACUCGGGGGUCAACGGCCUGGAAGUGGGUCAGUCGUGUGUCAUCGCCGUCUCCGUGCUGGUCUUCAACUUCCUGGAGAUGCAGGGUGAGCACCGUCUGGGCCACGUGUUCUCCAUCUACUUCAUGAUGCCGUUCCUGGCGGUCAGUCUAGCUCUGCUGGUUCAUAACUGGUACCCGUCGCGUGUGUUUGUGGGCGACACCUACUGCUACUUUGCCGGGAUGACCUUCGCCGUGGUGGGCAUCCUGUCUCACUUCAGCAAGACCAUGCUCCUCUUCUUCAUCCCGCAGGUGUUCAACUUCCUGUACUCCCUGCCGCAACUCUUCCAUUUCAUCCCUUGCCCCCGCCACAGAUUACCCAGAGUGGACCCAGCCUCUGGCAAGCUGACCAUGAGCCUGAGCGUGUUCAAAACGGGGUCGUUGCCGCCGCUGGGCCGCCUCUUCCUCCGCCUCUUCUCGAUGCUGGGCCUCGUCUCUGUACAGACGGGCGUCGGGCAGGAUGGAGCUUUCACGCAGGUGAACAACAUGACCCUGAACAACCUGCUGCUCAAAAUGCUGGGCCCGCUACACGAGAGGACUCUGGUCAUCCUACAGCUGCUGAUACAGAACCAGCUAGUACAGCCCACAAUAUUAUACCGCGGACUUAGGUCACCUCGGGGAAAAGCGAAGUAGAUGGGCAUUUUCCGUGGUUCAGUACAAGCAAGGAUCGAAGUAGAUCGACAUUUUCCGUGGUUCAGUACAAGCAAGGAUCGAAGUAGAUCGACAUUUUCCGUGGUUCAGUACAAGCAAGGAUCAAAGUAGAUCGACAUUUUCCGUGGUUCAGUACAAGCAAGGAUCAAAGUAGAUCGACAUUUUCCGUGGUUCAGUACAAGCAAGGAUCGAAGUAGAUGGACAUUUUCCGUGGUUCUGUGCGAACAAGGAUCGAAGUAGAUGGACAUUUUCCGUGGUUCUGUGCGAACAAGGAUCGAAGUAGAUCUAGAUCGACAACAUCCGUGGUUCAGAGUGAACAAAGAUCGAAGCAGAUUGGCAUUUUCCGUAGUUCAGUGCGAACAAGGAUCGAAGUAUAUCUAUAAUACCCGUGGUUCAGUGCGAACAAGGAUCGAAGUAGAUUGGCUUUUUGUAGAAAGAAAAAUUGGAGAUGCAUGAACCAAAAUAGACGAAUAAAUAAUUAGAAAAAAUAAGCUUCAAAAAAAUAAUAACCUUGAGUUUUAGAUGUUGAAUGAGAAUUCUUCGUAAAAGUAAGUCACGGUGUUGAUGGACGUUAUGGAGACUGAGGAAGUGACGUCAGUAUACACUGGAGUGGUCGUUGCCUCAAUCAUCAUGGCGGCCAUUGUGUUCAUAUUAUCCGUGGCUGCAGACGACGAAGACGUCAUAACAACGGCUGCGAGGUUAUUGGGCUCCGCCUUCGAAAUCGUGUUGACGUCAUUUUUCAAAAUGUUUCUAUUUAUAGUCUUUCGGUUGUCCACAUUUUACUGGUUACCUACUAUUAUAACUGUUGUGACCUGGAUUCUGUUCCCAGAACUUAUUGAUGAUUUUAUAUUUCUGGUUUACCUCGGCUACAAACGGUACAAGUUGUUAUUUUUCUAAAUGAAAAAAAAAAAAAUGUUGAAAAGUAAAGAAAAGUAAAAUAAAAAAACAGCAACA